CUGAGAUAGAGAGCUAGUAUGGAUGGUAUUACAGUUCCCUUUGAAAAGCUCAAGAUUAAGGAAAGAGAACUUCAAGAAAAGAUUUUGAAGGAACAGAGGCUAAGACAGAAAAUAAGUGAGAAAGAAUAUCAGAUCAAUCAACUAAAUAGACAAAUUGAAAUUUAUACAAAGAAAUCAACUGACAUGAAAGAAAGGAUACAAAAAGCUGGAGAAAUUCCACAAAGUAUUUUAGAGAGGCGUAAAGUAAUGAAAGCAGAGUCUAUUAAGUGGCUUUAUGAUCGGUGCAUCUCAAUAAUAGAGGAGAAUCUUAAGGCUCAACUGAAAAAUGUUUGUCAAUGUUCGACUUCUGUUGAUUCCGGUGAAAUGGUUGCUUUCAAAGUGUACGGUUUGCUAUUAAGUGCAUGCCAGCAAGAAACUAUUGUUGAAAAGGUAACUAAAUCUGUUGAAGAUGAAAAUAUAUUGGGUAAAAAUGAAAGUAGCAAAGAAGUAGCAAAGGUUUACGUUAAACAAGCAGUUAAUGUUACAUACUCCAUGCUGACACUUUUACCUCCACUGAUAGUCACAGUCCAUCCUAGAGAAUACUCAGAAGUAUUGCAUGAUACAAAUCGAUUGACUUGGGAUGAAUCCACAGAAAGGAUUGAUGAGCUAAUAUAUUACCGCCCUAUUCUAAUGUAUGGUAAUCACUUGAAUGUUGCAGUGAAAGGUUUAGUGGGAAAUAGUAAAAGAGAGCUUUUGCAAAAACAACAAAGUACCCAAGAAUUAAUUAGCUAUGAAACAAAAGCCAUUGAUGCUAGAGAAAAUUUUACUGGCAAUAAUUGUGCAGUUUGUCACAAUUUGAAAUAUUAUGAUUUUAUUGAUUGUAAGGAUGCCUAUGGUCAACAUUAUAAAGUGCACCAAGAGUGCUACAUGUGUAUAGUUUGCAGUGCUGUUUAUGAUGUUAAAUUAUACUUAGUAGGAAGUCAACUGUUUUGUAAAAGACAUCUUAAAAUAUGUAAAGAUUAG